AAAAUGACUGGCAACGUAAGGAGGUGGCAAAACUCUUAUCCUUGAAGUUGAAAUUUCUGUGAAGAAUUCUGGAUAGAAAUGUCUUCUGUGUCGAACAGUGCAUCACCAAUGGGUGCUGAAGGAGCUAGCGGAAGCACAUCUGCAGCUGAUUUGUCCAAUGUUGAAAUAAACGAAGCAACGAAAGUGCCAGAGGUCGAGGUAAAGCAUGCACCAUUUCAGUCGCAACCUUCGUUGCGAGGAGAGAUGACCGAGGAACAAUUAAAGGAACUCGGCGACAAAAUGAGGAAAGAACAGGCGAAAAAAUAUUUUUCUUUAAGGGUAAGGAAACUAGUUUUUACUUAUUAAGUAGCGUUUUUAAGGUUGAGAACGUAGUUUCUCGGUUCUGCUAACGUAACGGAAACUUACAGCUGUAGUACAAGCUUAGCUUGUACUUUGAACCAUACAAUCCAAGAAUUGCCUGUCAGCUUUCACAUGCAAGCUUACUUUAAAUUUGUUUAGUCGGAAACUUACAUACUUUUUACUUAAUGUUUACUCAUCUUUUUUGCUUCCUUUCUUUCUUUCUAUUCAUUGAAAGUUGAUACCAGCCACAUGUAUAAGGUUUCAUAAUAUGUUUACAUUAAGCCCAAGUUUUACAUGCACUCAGCGUAGCGUUUGACCGCUUUUUCCAAAAGUAAAAUGGCGAUGUUUCUAUCACUGUUGUCUUACGUUCUUUCGCUCAAUAUCCUUACAUAGGAAUAUUUGACUGGCUAUCGGUAUUUUUUGCCGUCUCUUGUUAGCGUUGUUUAAACGCUUGGAUCUUACUAUUAGCUCAUUUAUAUUAUUUAUUUUUGAUGUUCUUGUCAUUCUUGCUUAGGAAGACAUCAAAUAUUCCGUAAAUUCUUUCAGUGAAUGAGGUCACCGCUUUUUAGUCGUGUGAGUUUGAUUAUUAGCCUAUCUCCUGAAAGAUAGUGUAUUCAUUUAUGUUUGUUUUGUGAUACAUUUUUUUUAGAACAGUUCUGCACCUUUGACCUUACAAUGUAACUUUGUCAUAAACGAAAGAUUUUGAUUUUAUCAUUCAUAUUGUCCCUUGUUCAUUAAUGAAUAAAAUAAGGAAGUAAGGUCCUGUCCACUAUCUGUGACCAUCCCUCAAGGCAGCCGAAAAAUAUGGCUGUUAUUUUGAUUUUAUCUUGUCUUUAAAUUCCUCUUGGCUGAGAUGCUCAUUCUAAGGCACGGCUCAGAUGCGGAACUGAACUUUUCGUGAGCCGAACCUAAUUCGAAUUAAGGCCAACCCACAUUAUUUAGACUGGCUGAAUUGAUUCAGACGCCGAUCUUUAUUGCAGUUGAAGUAUGUUUAUUAGGCGUAAAAAGCUCUAAUCAGUUAAACUGCUUACAAAAUACAUUAUAAUAAUUUAUGCUUUAGGUUUGGUACAUGAAAAGUACGGCGUCUGAAUCAAAGCCGUUCCAAAGUCGCUCCAAAGGCGGAAUUCCCGACCAGGCUAGCGGAAAAGAACGACUGAGCCGUUCUAAAUUGAAAUAGGCGUCUCAAAUUGAUUCAGACGCCGAACUUUUCAUGAACUUAAUUCAAUGUAUUAGGUUUGGCUCAUGAAAAGUUCAGCGUCUGAACCGGGCCUAUGCAGUCUAAAUCUCGAGUUAAUUCCAAACAGAGUGUACAUGUCUUCUUUGUCACAGUAACUAAUCUUGGAUUUGUGCUAAUCAUCUUUCUUGGCACCGCAAACUUAAACUCUGAUUCAUCUUAAGCUUAUUUUUGGUCAGUGGCACAUGUGCAAUACAGUACCGCUCAAAAGUAAGUUACCACCCUCUCGCGAGACGCGAAUCGCGUCGCUCGCUAUGCGAUUCCUGUAGCGGAGGACGCGAUUCUCGUAGCGCACGAUGACCUAAAAACUGUAUCAUGGCCAAUCGCUGGAAAACGAUAGAAAUCUUCAAAAAAGUAAAAUUUCAAAGCUUCAACUUUACCAGUAAGCCAAAGGGAUAUCUGUUGCAAACAACAAAAUUGUGGGAAAAGCUGAUCGUACUUAACAGGAGAAAGAAAAAAAGGACGAAGUCAAAAGAAGAUGUAAACUUUUGAAGCUUGAAAAGGGUAAAGUUUGUUAAAAUAACAAUAUUUUAUUCCUUUUAAUUAUCCGGCUUCUUAGUAUUCUAUUUUACUCUUUGUUUUCAUCUAUGAAAUGGAGUUUAAACUGCUCAGUAUAUCUUCUGUCUAAAAUUCUGUGUUCGAUUUCUUGUCGAGUGAAAUGUGCGUACGUUUUUCUUUAUGUGACUGAAUAAUUUGAUAAAUAAUGUAAGCUAAAUGUAAGCUUAUGUAUAAAUAAACUAAUACUGUUUUAAUAAUCUUCGUUUAAACCGAUUUAACUUCCUUAUAGUGCAAGGAAUUUAUGCAGAACGUCUACCCCGUCGGUUUAUUUUUUUUCAAAUACACAAGAUUUUGCAUUCGCUCCGUUUGAAAAAAUGCCAUUUAAAAAAACUUGCAAGCUGUCUACAAGUACUUACCCUCCAUGGAAGGUAUGGCUUAAAGAAGUUUUAAUAACCAUCACUGAAAAAACAUUAAAAUGGCUUCAGGUAUAACCUUGUUCAAGGAUUUUGAAACCAUCUUCGCAUUCUUAUUGAACUCACUCACCGACCAAUAUUUAAGUCAAUUUCUGGUUAGGCUCGUUGUUUUUCUUUGUGAUGACGAGCUGAUUUUCCUUUUGCUGUUUGAAAGAAUGAUUAUGAUCUGUGCGAUUUUCCCGAACUGUAUACUUCACUCUCUGUAACGUUUGUUAUGUAUUAUAACGGGCGAAAUAAAGACAUUUAUUAUUAUUAUUAUUGUUAUUAUUAUUAUUAUUAUUAUUACAAAUGAUACCGGUCAAAGUAAAUUAUAAUUAUUUUACACUAUAUAAAGCUUAAACCUAAAAAUAAUUUGGUCAAGAAGGGUUAGCUAUAGCUUUUUUGUCUUUCUUCGGUGCCGCAAAUUUAUACGAAGUCACAGUUCGAGGUUGUCCGUUAUAGUGACAAGUGAUGCCAUUCGGCUUUUAUUGAAAUGAGUGGAUAAAAAUUGAUCGCUCAUUUUUAUAUACAAAUCAUGUGCUGUGACAUACAAAAUCAACUAUUACAGCUGAUUCUUAAGUCGUGGCACAAGCCGAUUAAUAAAAUGGAUGGAUGAGGUAUGAAUUGCUCUUACUGAAAAGAAAAAAAAAACAACUAGCUUAAAAGCGAACAGCCUGCAAACCACUAACCUAAAACUUAUGUCAUGUUAGGCCCCUUUCAAACGUGGAAUUUCUUAUGGUGUCGAACACCUAUUUUAGUUUAAGAAAAUAAUUAAAUACGGCAGUUGAUUCAGACGUCGGAUAUAAUGGUGCCCGAAUUUAAAUAUUCCCAGUCUGUAGAAAAGAAAUUGUUACCCAAUAUGAAUAAGGGUUUCCAUAAUUUAUGCAUUAUAUCCGGCGCAAGUGAAAUGCGACUUCUAAAUCAAGUGUUGAACCCAAGUCGAAUUUUCGACUGUAAUUCACUCGCAAAUUCGGCAAAGUCGUAUUUAAUUUGAAACUGUUGAUUCAGGGUCGCAUCUCAAAGCAGUUACUUUUCGAAUUAAAUUAGGCACAUGUGAAAUUCGACGUUUGAACUGGGAAAUGGUUACAGUGUCUAGAUGUUCAGUAUUACUAUAAAUACCGGUACAACAAAAUUCCUCAAAAGAUACGCUAUGAUGCAUAUGGCAUUUUUUAUAUUCCUGUUAAUUUUGCUUUCAAUUAUUUACCACAUCAUUCGCAGGGUAGGACCACACAGGUAAAAAAGAGAGUAAAAAAGAAGAAGAAAAAAAAUAAGGUCACGAAAAAUUUGCUUCGAGGGGAUUCGAACCCGGACUCUCCGAAUACGUUAGAACUAAAAAUGAUUGACUUUUUCAGUUUUCGUGUAGAAUUAAAUCUUUAACUGAUCGAAGCCAGGCGUAAAGCUCACAAUAAACUCAUUAAUACUCUUUCAGGCUUGGUCCAUGCCGGGGAACGUUUAAGAAAUUUAUGAACUAUCGAUCUCGCGGCUACCGACUGAACAGUAUGACCGUACGAUUCUCUCCCUGCCCAUAAGGUGUAUUUUCAUCGGUCGCAGGAAACAUUAACACAACAUUGUUUAUCAUUAUUUCCAUUGUUUUAGUUUAGGGUAGCAAACCAUUUGGCUUUUAGCGUUAGAAGAAGUGCUACAUGAUCUCUCUCCCGCAAUGAAGAAAAACAAUAUGGCCGCCAAAUAUAUCCUUUUAGCUUUGAAAGUUCUCCUUUGUUAGCAAACGUUGAACAUUUAUUUUGGCAAACAAAUAGUUAAGUUGAAAAAGGAUUUUACAAAAGUCUCAAAAGUAGGUCUCCUUUCCGAUUUUAAUUUGCAAUAUCGGUCGAUUUACGCAACUUUUAAAAUUCUGGCUCCGUUUUCGUUUGCCUCUGCUUUGAAAAUGGAACAGUAAUUACUCAGGGGUAAUACAGUGUACAGAUUUGUAGAGGAAACAAACUUGCAGAUUUAUGGCGAAAAAUGCACUUUAAAGGGGCUGUGUCACAUCAGUCCAGAUCAUUUUGUUUAAUUUUGCCAAUUACUCGCCCUCAAUCGCUAUGGAACUGAAAGUAAGCAAAGAAAUUACAGGUAAAUGACAAAACCAGAGAUCCGAGACAAACAGAUAUGUCUCCUGAGCAUUAUUUUUGAAGUUGCAAGCAGCGGGGAUCAACUUUGAAAAACUGUUACGCUGAACAGUUUUCAAAAACCCUAAUUUCAAUCCGUUUCAAUCUUCUUCAGUUUUGCCAAUCCGUGGCAUCUGUUGUUUCUGUUAUUUUAACCUUCCUUUAAAGUUAUAAGCGGUUAUUUUUAUGUUUCUCCUAAUUAACGGGUAUUUUGUAAUUUCCUAAUUUGGCUGAAUUUCGUGACACAGGUCCUUUAAAUGUGAACUAAAAUAUUCAAAACGCUCUGAUCACGUGACUGAUGACGUCAUGUCCCUCUUUUGGUAAAGGAAAAAAUUGCCAGGUAGAAUAUUACUUUCCUGCAAAUUUUCUCUGCCAUGUGAUGAAACGUCAACUCUCUACAGCUCUCGGCCUAGUUUCCCGACUUUUUCGCUCAUGUUCAUUGCCCCCUUAAAUUUUAAAUUCCGGGCGUAAACUGGUUAUUUUUAAAUGCUCCACACAACCAAAACCUCUAAUAUGCUAUUUUAUUUUAACCCAAUGAUGAAAUCACAGCAACAAAAACUCCUAAUUCAGCAAUGGUCACGUGGCACAUGACGUCAUCACCCUAGAUGUGACAUGAGAAGAUAUUUUAUGGCAAAUGUUAUCUUGUUGUGGUCUAUAAAGCUUUCAAAAAAAUUGCCUCAAAGGAUUCUGGGAUAAUUUUUAUGAUAAUUAUAAUUUACUUUUAUAAUUAUUACGUGAAACAUUGCUACACCGUACAAGAGAAGAAAUGAUUUUGGGACUAAACUUGGUGACCUGAGUAAAAAGUGCCAUGUUGCAGUAUUUUUAUCUGUUAAUAUUUAUGGCCUUUUAUUGUUAAAGUGAGGUUCACUGUUGAAAACAUUUCACUAGUUAGGAGGCCAUUUUAAGUUGCAUUUCACUCUUCAUGUAACUUUAAGCUCUAGUGACCAUUAUUUUUUGCCUAAAGGCUACUUCGAAAGGAGUUGACAUUGGAGCACAUACAGUUAUAUAUUCAGUUAGUUUCUGUGCAAUGUUUUUUCUUUUGGGGGGUGGGGGGGGGGAAGUCGGAGAGAUAUAUGCAAGUCUGGUAGACGUCACGUGAGGCACCCCAUUCAAUGUCGUUUGCAGUGUUUUGCCUGUGAUUCUAGCCUCAAGACAUGAUGUUGACUUUGGUUUCCUUGACCAAGGAAAUCUUCAAGACGGGAGGGACAUUUCAUAUGUCCAGGUUGACUAAUUUCAUAUUAAUGAAAAAAGUUGGGAUUAGAAAAGAAGUGUGAUUACAGUGUAACUCCACAAGUUUAAAGUCCAGUUAUUUCAGGUCUGGGUAUAGUUUAUUGUGGUUCAACUGCCAUACAUUUUUCUGUUAGUGCAUCAUUAAUAAUCAACAUUGCAAAAUUUUGAUUGCUUGAAUUUCUAUACAGAAAGAUGUAUUUGCCAAUGCUGUGGAGCACUGUAAGUCGUAUUUGGACGAAAGUGAUGGGGAAAUCUUGAGCUCUUGGCUGUUAUGCGAGUAAGUGAAAUCAAAGUAUUUGUUCUGGCCGCCACAUUAACGUCUUUUCACAUGUAAAUGAGAUAUACAAAUUUGUCAUCAUAAUAACCUGGAGAAUGUUGAUUUGGGCUCCUUUGUUUUUUUAUUUGGUCAAAUAUCGUGGAGCUCUGUGGAUUCUUUACAUAGUCCAUUAAAGGCUGAAUUAUUGUUAUCGGUACAUUGGCGCAUAUCGUUACUGGGUAUCAAUUUAUGUGGCAGCCUCACAUCAUGCAUCAAGACAGCCUGCAAAGAAAGUCGUGUCCGAUUGUCCGCGGCUAGUGGAAUUUGCUCUCAGGCUAUAUCUAGCGAUUUUUGUUCUUAUUGCCCGACGGGAAAGUGCUGCUUUUUGGGGAAAUUCAAAUUACAGAAGGAUUGUAAUCAAUCCUGCUUAUCAAAAAGGAUUUUGGGGCUAGUUGAAAUGACUUGUGGGCUAGUACAUACUAGGUACAGCUUGCACGAAUGGCAGGCUGUGAAUUGACUUUCUUCACACCCUGCAAAGUAACCACCACCUGGUUAGCUCAUUUGGGAGAGUGCCGGUCUGCUGAGCGGGAGGUUAAAGGUUCAAACCCCUGCUGCAUCAACCCUCAGGGUCUUUUUUUUGUUUGUUUGCUUUUUUGUAAGAUAAAUUAUACAAUGUUAAUGACUUUGGAGUGUGUAGUAUGCUAUACAUUUUAGAAGACUAGUUUGCUGUUUCUAGGGUAGAGAACAUUCUUGUAUUAUAACAGUUUUAAGUUUUGAUUGAGCCAAAGAAAAAUGAAAUGACAACCUUCACCCUCAACGCUGUGUGCAGUUUUUAUGGUACACUGGUUACAAAAGAUUGAGGGUGCAUUUAUUAGAAUAAUACAGCAUAUGAGAAGGAGACUGUACCAAGUCAACUGUCGCAAAGACUUCUGGGACAUGUUACCAGGGACAGGGGAAAAAAUGGCCUCUACAUGUGGCCGACGGACGCGUCCCCACUAACCAUCCUUAGUGAUGUUAAUACCUUUUCGUCCUGCGUUUCUGAUGCAUAAAAAUCCCCAAACUAGACGCGGAAUGAUUCAUGUCUUGCGUCCUGUAGGAUGCAAAGGAUGAUUAAUCCAUUUGAAAAAUUUUUGGUACAAUAUCUUGUUUGUGAUUUCUGUGGCUGUUGUUUAAAGAUGCAUAUUUAUUUAAGUCUUUUUUGUGCUUUAAAUAAAAGAAGCACUAUAUUUUAAUUUCAGUGAACUGUAAUUAAGAGUUUUGGCGUCUUUCUCCUGAUUAAUUCUCUGGUUAUAUAAAGGCCCAAGCAUUUUCAAUUUAGGAAUCCUUGUUUGUUUGAACUUGGACUCAUUGGUUAUGGAGAGGGACUCAUGAUUUUUCACAAGAUGAGUCCCAGGACUCACCAAUAUGACUACCUGUAUUUUGUAACAAAAUCACUGAAUCCUAGAAACAAUUGCGGGACACAUUUUUGCUCCCCCUCCCCCCUUUUCAUGUCUAAAGUGGUGAAUUACUGUCAACUGUUACUAAUUAUAAAUACUAUUUGCAGGAUUGACCACUGGGAUCAUGAAAAAGAAAGGAUUGUUCUUAUCACCAAGAAGACCCUUUGCUUGGUUAAGUACAAUUUUAGUGGUUUGAAAUUUGAUGGGGUGAGAAAAGUGCCAUUGAUCGAGUGUAACAAGAUACAGAUCGGAAGAUUUGUGUAUCCUAAAACCACCAUGAUGAUGUGAGUACAGUAACUUUUCCACUUUGGUACUUUUAAUGCCAACAAUUCUUCAACGGUUGCUUCAGGAAAAUGGUAUGGAGGCCAAACGCUCUUAAACCUAUGAAACUACUGUUUGCAUAUUAUGAGUUUAAAGAGCUAAGAUUUUCUUGACAUCUCCCUAAGGCAAAAGCAACUUGAUCGCCAGGGACCAUUGGGCUCUGCUAAGGCAUAUCCCCUCUUAUGCAUAAUUCUUGCAUUUGAUAUUCAUUAUCACUUCUCAAACUCAUUAAUAAUUCAUAAAGAAAAUACAAAGGAAAUUAAUGGUCAAUGAGUGUGUGGAAAUCAGGUGAAAAACUGCUCAUUUUUGCAUCCCUAAAUUGUUUGAGAAGUAAUAUCAAGCACUCGACACAGUGGUUCAUCACCAGAUGAAACACCUCGAAGUUCGUCAAAAACACUUCACUGUGCGUCGUAUUUUCAACUCUCUUCUCAGUGUUUCUGGGACACCGUACCAGGCAACUGUUACCUUCUACUUCGUUAAUCUUUGUAAUCAUUCGUCGCUGUCAGAGAAAAAAAAAAUACUUUUUUAGCCUAGAAAUUUCCCUCUUUCUUUUUCUAGUCUUUUAGUUGUAUUUUGCGAAAAACGUCCGUCUUUCCUUGUCUAUUUUGUUUUUAAUUUGUUAUAUUUAAGUUAACAUUUAUGCUUCGUCUGUCGGGUCAGAAAGCCUUCUUUAUCGGGUCAUUGACCCGAGACCUGUCUCUUAUGUGGAACACUGGUUUCAUCUGGUGAUGAAACACUUCGUCUCAUGCUUGAUAUAUUACAUCUUACACAUACUUCCAUGAACAUAAAAAAAAAAAGAAAUAAGUGAAACAUAAGGUAAAUAAAAUGAGAGUAGCACGUAGUUCCUGCAGAGAAAUAGGCCUGUGGCCUAUAAUUUCUCAGUUGAAGUGAAAAUUGGAAUUGUUGAAUUUUGUGAGGGAGAAAGUCCCUUGGAGAAGAACCAAGAGAAAAGCCCUUAUCAGAGCUUGAGAACCAAAGUCAAACUCUACUCAGCAGUUACAGAUUAGCACACAAACCUUUUGAGAAAAAAUAAAUUAAUGAUGAGCACGGUUUUGUCAAGUUAAACGAAAAUUUGAGAAACAUCCAGUACUGCAUUGGGAUAUAAAAAUAUUUUUUUAAAAGUUCAACAACAACAUAACAAAUUUUCUUGAGUUGGUCAUGCAUCCAGAAAUUAACACGUCGUGUUACAUUUUUGUGUUCUUUUUUUUAAGUCGUGCGACGUUUCUAAAUUUAACACCGAAUCUUCUCUAAAAGAAGAAGAGAGCAAACAGCUGAAAAAAAUUCCCUAAGGGACUGUCGAACCCUCUUUUUCAGUCCGCGGCACUUCCAAGCCGGAUUGCGUGUCUACCUUGGCAAAAACGUCCAACCAACAUUUCUUCAAAACUGGAAUCCAUGGUCACGUGCAAUCCCCUUUGUCACAUUUGCUUGGCACAGAGGCAAUGACGUCAUGGCCAGACUACCUGCGCACAUGCAGCUCGAUCCAUUGCAGCAGGCCAUUAUACAAGCCAUCACCGAGGCCCAUAAUGCACUUCAAGAAGGUGUGGCAAAUAAUCUCUCGAGAUUGCGCACAAUGAGCCAACACUAAUUGAAGUGUAUUGUGGGUUUUCGCCGAUACUUGAUAACUAUGGCAUCCUAGGGUUUAACCGUGAUCGGGGAAAGUUUCGGAUUUGAGGGCUUUGGAUGUCGUGGGCUUAGUUUGUGAACGAUGCGUAUUUGCGCUAUGGUGUUACAUGUAGACAUUUUAAGGAAACUCAUUUUAAGAUACAUGUACCUGUGAAAUACUCAUAUCUUUGUGAACAAAAUUUAAUUCAGGAGUAAUCAACCGAUUAUUUUCUAUUGUAAUACUAACUUACUAAAAAAUCAAAGAAUAUGUAAAAAUAGUGUAUAGUUUGAUAGUGUUAAUGUACAUGUAUAGUAACAUGAUAAGUGCUCAAUUAUUUAUGCAUGUUAGUACUCGGUUGAAAAAUGCGUGCCUUAAACAUCAGGUUUUAUUAAUUUCAUACUUUGUUAGAGCUUGCAGAAAGUAACAAAAGAAUGUCGUUGUCCUUCCCAGUCGUUUUAAUCAUAUUAUCUUCUGACUCAUCACCUUGACUGGUCACGUGACAUGGGUUCCAGUUUAGAAGAUCCAGUGCAUCUUGCGCCGAUCCUUUAUUAUUUACACAAUUUUGCUGGCCUCAAUCCACACGAGUAUUUUAAAGGGAUACUCUAUACUCAAAAUGGCAAUUUCACGAAAAGAUAGUUUAUGGCCUGAAAACGAGGAAAGUUGUUCGUCACGCAAUUAAAAUUUUGCGCUACAGCUAGAAACCGGAACUGACGUAGAAAGAAGAUCCUCUCUCAAGGCAAUACAACGUGGCUUCAAGGUUUCCGGUCUGUUUUAAUAAAGGAUUUUAUGGCUGAUAUUUCAGGGAGAAUUUAUAAUACCACACUGCUGCAUCGCUGUUGAAUGUUUCAACGCUCGCAAAGACGGAGUUAGUCUAUCACUGGCCCCGAUGAUCCCCGAUACGCCAGGCUUUGGACGAACGCCGUGGAAAACACUCGCCCUGCUACGAAUUCAACUAGACCUUGCAGCGCUCAUUUUACUGAAGACUACUUUGAAGCUUAAACAGCGACAGCUUAGUCCUUAGACUUAAAUCUGUAACCACUGAUAAAAGCUGGUGAUGUUCCAACAAUUUUUAAACGUGGGUUUCCAGAGACUAAAAGUUAAGGCGUGAAACGGAUACCUCAGCAACCUCUCAGGAUACUCAAGAUAAAGGCAAAUCACCAAAAAAUUAAAUUAAUUUCUUAUGCUUUAUAUGGCGGAGAUAUGUUAAAAUUCUGUGUAGUCUGUCUUCUCAUUACCCGUCCGCAAGGCGAAAUCCCUUGAACACAAAGUCAUGUUCAUUGCCUGGAAGAGGGAAGUGAGCGGCGACUGGCAGCAAACAGCACAAGAGGGAUCGCGCAAGAUGGCAGGACAACGCGAACUUUUCACGACUAAAAUGCCUAGCACCACCUCGCCAGUUGCCUUUGUUUGCAUUGAUACCAGGCCAUCUGAAGAACCCAGCGAUUCAAUAAAACGGCUUGGAAUCCGGGGUGUUGCGUUCUGCCAAAAGGAGUAUAACUAAUUCUUCUGUCUCAACUGCUUCGUUGUUCUUAGUGACCAUUAGGCCACACAGUCAAACUCUGACCAGUAGACACUCUUGAAAUCGAUUCAGGCGUUGCCAAAAUCAACAUUUACAUCUACAGCUGUGGCGUUAGUCACUUUUUCUUAGGUGUACAACCUAUAUACAAGCGUAUGUUCAUAAACGCGAUUUUCUGAAUUUCCCGGGAAAAUUGCCUUGUACGCAGACGGCUCACAUAGGUAUUACACGGCUUUAGAUCGAAAUAAUGCUCAAAGAAAACAUUGCCACUCCAUCAGAAGAGUGAUUGACGGCCAGAAUUAUUUUAUUUUAUCGAACGUAUAAUAAUACCGUCCAUCAGUAAUGAACAGGAUUUGCGAUGCAGCAUAUUUGCUUUAAUGCCGAUCGGUAUUGUUGCUCCACGUUGGACUCGCAUGGACUCGCAUGUCGAGUCAGUAUGCAAGUUUAGUUUACUCGCUGUAAUUCGGCUCAAACAAACAAGUCUGUGCUCCCUCACACUGUGAUAAACUCGAAUUGUCGUUUAUACUUUUGUUUGAAGGACGAGAAGAAAGGGAAGAACUAUCCUCGGACUCUACAAUCUCUUCAGUCAUACUGAAAAGAUUCUUCUUUCUACGUCAUGGUCACGUGUUUUAACAAAUCGGCGAUUUCACUUCUGGUCCUUAAAGGGGAGAAAUUUCGCUUUUCUCUGACGAUUUUCGGGCUUUUACUUUUGCUUUUCGGUUGUUUUUUGUCAUUUUCCCGUAAUAAUAGUGCAAAUAUCUUUUGAGCACAAGUUGCUUUUAGAUAUUGAGUAUCCCUUUAAAGCAAGUCAUGGCUUGGUGCAUGUGUUUGAAUGGUAUAACGAAAUAGUGGCAACGAAAAAGAAAAUUGGCUUUAAAGUGGCUUUUUUAAAACCUUUAAUACAAAUAAAGAGAUGUCGAAUUUCUCUUCCAAAGGUUGAAAGAAAAGAAUGUGAGUCGCCAUUUAGUAUGAUGUAUGAAGUCAUUCUGCCCAACAAGAAAGGGGCAGAAAGCUCCAAAAAUUGGCAAAGUUGGGAUAAAUCAUGCUCAGAUUACCAGCGUUCAGCAAGAAAAAGGAAAGUGGCUUUAAAUCUUGAACACAAUAUAUCCUAUCGAAUUUCUCUUCCAAAGGUUGAAAGGAAAAAAUGUGAACCGCCAUUCAGUAUAAUGUGUGUAUGAAGUCGUUCAGUUUCGCCCUACAAGAAAGGGGCAGAAAGCUCCAAAAAUGGGCAAAACUGGGAUAAAUCAUGCACAGAGUACAAGCGUUCAACUGUUUGUCUCUGCAUCAGUUCAGCAUUUAUUGUUGACCUUUUUUCUCCCUGUAGGAUCACUGGUUACUUGGACAACAGUCCCCACUCCAAACAGUCCGGCUUACGCAUUUUCUGCUCGAAUCAAGAACCCGGCUUCUUCCAGAACUGGAACCCAUGGUAUGACGAAAUGCCCUACAUCUCGUUAACCAGUCACGUGCAAAGUGUGCUCGUUGAGUCUCCACCUGAAGCUGUGCAGCACAGCCUCUUCUGCAAGGCUCUCAUUGACGCAAUAACCAACGCCCGAGAAACGGAACCGAAAAAGGAAAUACUCAAUAGUUUUGAAGUGGUUGAAGCAGAGUUAGAAAUCUAUGUUUACACUGGGUUGAGCGCCAAGAUUUAUAACCAAAGCAAGCUUGGAUUUUACAAACACCGCGGUAGCUUUUUGUUUUGACAAUGUCCAUUUUAAAGAAUAACCUAAAAAUAUGUGUGAUUAAAGGAUUUUAUUAUUUUUCCCGCUAAUGUAUGGAGAGUGAGGUUUGAUCACAUACUUAAGUCUGGACAGGAAAGGUAAUUCAAAGUUUUGUUUCCCAUGAAAAAAUCUGCAAAGAUAAGUAACAGGAAUAAAACUUGUCAUGUUGUGAUGCAGUAUAUAAUUGUUAUAUCGUAACUUGACAAUUAGGGAAUAAUGAUAAUAUGGUGUUGAAAGCUAUUCCGUCAAAAUAAGUAUUCUGCAGUAGAGAAAAAGAGAAAGGAGGUAAGGGAAAUUAUCAAGUAAUAC